UCUUUUAAUAAUAGGCGAUUUUUUAUUUUUAAGAAACAUUUUUUGACGUCAAGAGUGUUUUAUUUAUUGUUAUUUUUAUUUUAUUUUUAUUUUUUUAAACAUUUUUUUUCCUCCUCUUCUCCAAAAAUGUGCGAGGCGCUGUUGGCAAGCUCCCACAGUCUAUGCAUGUGUGUCCCUGCUGCUUCUCUGCUGGGCUACAGCUACUAAACCUAGCUGCUUUUCACUCGGUGCUUAGCUAACAUUAGCCUGGCCGCGUUUAUUGACUUGAAGUACAAGAGAGGGGGGAAAAACAAGCGAAUGUAAAGCGUGUUUGUGCGAUCUGCUUUCCCUUUAUUUUUUUAAUGACAACAGCUCUCAACUUAAUCGUCGCUGUCGGGAUAUAUAAGACGAAGUGUUGUAUGAUUUUGUCGUAGAGAGUAGUUUGCUUGGCUAGCUAACUGGCUAGCUAUUUGUGUGUAUUCUUCGAGUAAGGAAAACGGCGAGUUUUCUUUGAAAGUAUGGAUGACCAGACCAGGAUGAUGACGGGUCUCACCGGACUCGGUGGACUACAACAAGCCGAUGUAGGAGACCCAGACUCGGUCAGGAAACAGCAGUCCCUCGGUCAGCCUCAACAAGACAUAGGGGAUAUCCUACAGCAAAUAAUGGCCAUCACCGACGAAAGCCUGGACGAAGCACAGGCCAGAUGCUGGCCAGAGGAUUCGCCGGCGCAUUGGGGUGGAUCAGACGACCCCACAGAGGGAGGGAGAGCAGGGGGGGGCAUGGCAGGGGGUGGCCUGCCACUCAACUUCCAGCACAGGAAGCAUGCCCUGAACUGUCACAGAAUGAAGCCAGCCCUCUUCAGCGUUCUCUGUGAGAUCAAAGAGAAGACGGUGCUGAGUAUACGAGGUGUACAGGAGGAGGACCCCCCAGAUCCCCAGAUCAUGAGGUUGGACAACAUGCUGCUAGCAGAGGGUGUGUCAGGACCAGAGAAAGGUGGAGGAUCGGCUGCAGCUGCUGCAGCUGCAGCAGCAGCAGGGGGCUCGCCCACCGACAGCAGCAUCGAACACUCCGACUACAGAGCGAAGCUCGCCCAAAUCCGCCAGAUAUAUCACUCUGAGCUGGAGAAGUAUGAGCAGGCAUGCAGUGAGUUCACCAACCAUGUAAUGAACCUGCUGAGAGAGCAGUCUCGCACACGGCCCAUCUCUCCCAAGGAGAUUGAGCGCAUGGUGGCCAUCAUCCACCGCAAGUUCAGCUCCAUUCAGAUGCAGCUCAAACAGAGCACCUGCGAGGCCGUCAUGAUCCUGCGCUCACGCUUCCUCGAUGCCAGACGCAAGAGACGCAACUUCAACAAGCAAGCUACGGAGGUGCUGAACGAGUAUUUUUACUCCCACCUGUCUAACCCUUACCCAAGUGAGGAAGCAAAGGAGGAGCUGGCCAAAAAGUGUGGGAUCACUGUGUCUCAGGUCUCUAAUUGGUUUGGCAACAAGAGAAUACGUUACAAGAAGAACAUUGGUAAGUUCCAGGAGGAAGCGAACCUCUACGCAGUUAAAACAGCGGUGGAUGCUGCCAAUGUGUCGGCGCAGGCUAGCCAGGCUAACUCUCCGGCAACGCCAAACUCAGGUGGAUACCCUGCACCGUGCUACACACCUGACGGGCGGCUAUGAGGAGCUGUCAGGUAGUGGCCUCUACACCCCUCAUCGCCUGGAUGCUAACAGCUGGCAGGACACCACCAACCCCCCCUCGGUCACCUCCCCUCCCGGUCCUCCUGGCAGCGUCCACUCCGACACCUCCAACUGAUCCGGUGGCUCUCCCCCGCCAUCUCUUCAUUCCCAUUGUGGUCUUCUCUGACUACCAUCCUCUGUCCCCAUUUUCACUAUUCCCUCGUCACGCGACUUAACAGCCACGCAAGGCUGCCCUCACAUUUCAUAAACACACACACUGUGCUGGAACACAGGACAGCCGAACAGUAGUUAGGAGGAAUUCCUCCUCCACCCCACAGCUCCACUUCAACGCUUAGAAGCUCCGUAACUCAGAAUAAAAGAGAGAUGGAGCUUACUGAUGCUGAGACAGAUAGGAAACAUCUUUACUAUCAAGGACUUUUUGAAAACCACUGACCCAGCUGUGUAGAUGAUGUCUGUACAUUAUGUGUAUAUGCACGUUAACUUCACACAGUACUCACACAGCUUGUCCACGUGCUGUUGACCUCUGCACUCGACCCUUUGCUUUGGAAAACUGUGUGUGAUUGCCUGUAUCUCUUGAAGCCUUGGCAUUUGACAGCCAAACUGUUGAUACGGAUCACCAGGGAGCUCCGCUCACCUUGCUCGUACCAAAGUGCUGCCCCAGUAGUUGUCAACACAUCUGUUCCUCUGAGAUCACCCUCUGCCAGCUCAACACAAGACACUGUUGUAUCUUCCAGUCCUUUAUAGCUUGAUGUUUCAUUCUGUUGGAGAUUUCAAAGUGAAAUGAGAAAUGCACACAUGUGCAUGCACGCAGCCCCCUCCUCCCCCCCCUCCGCCCCCACCCCUCCCUUCCACAACACACACACGCACACACACACACACCUCGCAACUUUUCAGUCGUUUUCAUAGUGAGUUGACAUAAAAGAUGUGUCAAGCACAAAAGUUAGCAUCCUUGUUAUGGGUGUCUCUACCUGUGAAAGGGUAGUUAAGGGGAUCACUGUUCUAAACCAGGCAGGACAGGUGCUAAUAGGGCUGGUGAGAAGAGGAAGAAAGGGCAGAGAGAGGAGAAUAUCUUUGGUUGCGUGGAUGUAACUAAUAGCCCUUUUUGUUGCUAACCAAUAGAGGGUGUUGGUAGAUGGCUUGUAGAUUUAACUUCUUGCUUUCUGUCCACUAGUUUAUUUGAUUGUAGGCUAUUUUCUAAUGCUGUUUCACCAAGAAUGCACCAGCCACCACCAAAAAUUAGCUCAAUAAAGCAUCUAAAUGACGUUAGGAGAAGGGUGGAAAGAAUUGUGGGGCAUUGAUGUGUUGUUGGGACAAACGUGACAUGAAUUUAGAAAAAAACGUGACUGUCUUCCAUGCAUGUAGGACUUCUAGGCGUGAUAUUAUUGUUUUUCAUUUAACCUUCCAAGUUUUUAGCUUUGUUUUUAUUAACAAAAAAAUAAAAAUAAAAAAAAAUAAAAAGGGUAUAAUUAUUACAGUCAGACCAAAAAGGAAAAAGUGCAUCAUGUAUUGCUAUGAUGUGUGUGUCUCUGUGUGGGCGUGUGUACAGUGUUCUUGGGAUGUCUUAGUCAAACUGGCUGGUGCCCCUCUGACCUUUGUAAGCAUUAUAGAGACUGGGUGCUUCCACCAGCGGAUGACACACUCGGUGGGGUUCAACUGAGAUCUCCUCACCAUCUUGAAACAUUAAAGCUUGUGAGCCCGAGGCAACACACUACAACCUUCUGUUGUACCAAAAACCAAAAAUACCACGUUCAGCAAUGUAAUAAUGCUACUCUGUGUCUCUCUCUAAAGUCGGUGCACAGCCACCUUUUCAGUUUGAGGAGAGGAGGGAAUUAUAUUUGUAUCUGUGUCUCUCUGUGUGGUGUUGUCAUGCCUCAAGUUGAUUUAAUUUUUUUUUUCUUUUGGGGGGGGGGGUAUUUUUGUUGUGGGGCUUUAUGGGAGGGUGGGUGGAGUGAGGACUGUCACAUCGCACCUGUAAUUUGAUUGUGUGCAGUUGAGCACCUGUUUUCAUGAGGACGUAUGCCCCCCUCCCUCCCUCCCUCCCCCCUCCCUUUACCCAUCCUUUUAAUACCUUCUGGUAAGAAAAAAAACCCACGACUUUUGUUUUUAGUUCUAUAGCCAAUUGGGCAAGGGCUUCUCUCUCUCCUCUGUUACCAAAAAAAGAGGCAGCACUGGGUGUAGUAAAACUCUUAAAAUGUGUUUAAGACAAACCUACAAUGUUUUUUGGGGAUUUUCCUUCUUUGGAACUAUUUUAUACAUUAACUGUUAUGUUAAUAACAAAGCAUUUUGAUAGUAAGGUAAAGCCUUAUGAAGAUUUACGUGUCAGUCAAGACUUUGUUGAACCAUAUGUUACAGAACAAAACUUGAGCUUGUAAGCUGGUCACAUGUGAUAUCCCACAUUUAAUUACUUGUUUUGUUACUCAUCGCAGUUCAUACGACUGUAUUUUAUGAAUAAUGUUAUCGCCACACCAAAUUAUCAUGCCCCUCCCCCCUUUUCUACCUGUUGUAAUGGAUGUCACUGUACAGUUUGUGUAAUGUUUCAGUAUUUUUUUUUUUUUUUCUUCUUUUAUAAAUUUUGAUGUUUGGUUGAGAUACCAGUUUUAUUUGGCCUUUUUGUUUCACAGGAUUCACAAUAACUCUGUAUCAACUUUGAAUAUUAUUUAGGUCUUUUGUUACAUAACCGGGUGGAAAUGUAGGUUUACAGGUGGAACAUUUGGUGCUGUGGAAAGAAAACUGUAUUAAUUGAGGAUUUCUAACGGACUUUGUUAUACAUUACUCAGCAUAUUUCACUGUGUUGAUUUAUGGAACCCCUUCUCAUCUUUUUACCCACCUCAGUUUCUACAUUUUUCAGUCACUCCCUAAAUAUUUUCCCCAAUUGUUUUAAAUCUUGCUCAAAUUGCUCCAUCAGGACAUUUAUGUUAAAUUCAAGCUCUUUUUCAAAUUCAUCAGUCCCAUAUGAUGUUUAUUUGUGGUAAUUUAAUCCCAGUGAACUCUUCAAAUGAAUUUAAGAGAUCAUUUUGAAAGCAGAAACUGUUAAAAUAUGCAAGCUCUGCAUUUUGUCGAGAUUUGAAAGUUGAAACUCACACUUAUAUAAAUAUAAAACGGAAGACCUGCGGGGAGGAAGGCACGCUUCACAUUAGGGGGUUGUGGUGUAAGUUUUUGCUGUCACCCACUCUACAGCAAAUACUUUCAUGCCUUAAAAAAAAUUCGAUCUGUAAUGUCGACCCUGAGCUGCAAUUCUAAAACACAGGAUGUGCUUUUAUCAUAAGUGACUAAAUGACUUCCACAGCAUCAAAUGGCUUCGUAAACCUUUUUGAUUUCUUUGUUUUUAUUAGUAUAUUUGUAUCUCCCCUCUUUCCCUUGUAUUUACCCCUCUCUCUACCUCUGUCUUUCCAUUUCUCUUGUAUAUAACCCCCACUGUUUUCAGACUUGUGAGUCUGUAUGAACUCCUUUUAUACCUCAACUUUAGAAUUGUUCUAGAAAGAGUAAAACAAAAAGGAAGAAUAUGACAAAUUGUAGUGUUCUUAUUAGAAAAUUAAUAAAAAUGAUUUAGUGUGA